AACAAGUGUCAUCCUCUAAAUACCAUCAUAUCAGAUAUUCUCAAUGGAUAAGAGACAGAGUGACUCAAUCAACACUGAACCUUCUCCCUUCAUACACUGCACAUUUUCACACCACUGAUCUCUGCAAUGUCUACCUCUCCAUUCACCUCCUUUCUCACACUCUCAACCCAGUCACCUUCAAAGCUCUCACCUGUUCGCACAUUCAGAGCCUCAGCUUCUUCUGACUCAGUUCCUGCAACAAGAAGCUACCAACUCAUACCACCCAGAAGAGAAUUCUUGAAGGGUAUUGCGUUGGGGGCACUUCCACUUGUUCUCCUCAGAGAAACACCACCACCUGCAGAAGCUAGAGACGUUGAAGUUGGCUCCUUCCUCCCACCUUCACCAGCAGACCCAUCUUUCGUUCUCUUCAAGGCUUCUCCUAAGGACACCCCUGCCCUUCGAGCAGGAAAUGUGCAGCCAUACCAGUUUAUUCUCCCCCCAACUUGGAAACAGACACGAAUAGCAAACAUAUUAUCUGGAAAUUACUGUCAGCCAAAAUGUGCUGAGCCUUGGGUGGAGGUUAAAUUUGAAGAUGAAAAACAAGGAAAAGUCCAGGUUGUGGCUUCACCUUUGAUACGCCUAACCAACAAACCAAAUGCAACAAUUGAGGACAUUGGGAGCCCAGACAAAGUGAUUGCAUCUCUUGGGCCAUUUGUCACCGGAAGCACGUAUGAUCCGGAUGAGCUUAUUGAGACUUCAGUUGAAAAGCUUGGUGAUCAGACGUACUACAAAUAUGCGCUUGAAACUCCAUAUGCUCUUACGGGUUCACAUAAUCUAGCAAAAGCAACAGCAAAGGGAAACACUGUUGUUUUGUUUGUGGCUAGUGCCAAUGACAAGCAGUGGCAAACUUCUCAGAAGACUCUAAAGGCCAUGCUUGAUUCCUUUGUGGUGUAGUUCUCUGUCAAAGGAAGGAAAGUCUCAUUACAGGCUAGCUGCUAAGUUGAUGGGAGUAUGAUAGGCAGAGUAUACCUGCUACACUCAGAAGUAAGCUUUUGAAGUCUACUCUAGACAACAUCAACGUCCACUUAAAUUUAAUGUAAUUUCAAUGUUCAAAAAUCAUACAGGCCAGAUUUUUUUUUGGGUAGGCAUACAGACCAGAUGUGUCUGACGGCAAUCAAGUUGAAGGAUUGUGAUGGAAGACAUGAACAAUGCCUGUUUGAUAACAUAAGAUAAAAUGCAGAAAUUGAUAUGAAAACGUGAAAGCAACUAAUAGCUCAUUAACUUGAAGCACAAUUACUUUUGAUGCAACUAUAAAACAAAGGGAUUUGAUUUUAAUACCACCCUCAUAGAUAUUUAUGUCAUUCCCUUCCGCACUUUAAUGUGCGGAAUGUAAAAUUUGUGUACCGCACUAUAAGUGUGGUUAUGUGAUUGAUUCUCGCACGUAUAAUUGCGGUGAAAUUGGAUGGCGAGAAAAU